AUGUCUUACAACAAGUUCAAUUACCAACCCAACUUCAAGCCAAUUGACCACUUGUACGAACUGCGUCUCAGACAGUUCAUCGACAAAGGUGGCCAGUACCCCGGCUUGAAUUUGCCCAAGUUCUACGACAUCGAGAGACAUGACAUUGCCAAUUUACAGGUAUGGAAAGUACCUGAUGGCCCCAAUGGCCACACCGAAAGACCGUUAUUUGCCGACAUCGACUUCGACUCCCUCGACUGGAAACCCGCCAAAAAAGGCGACUCGUUCGGCCCAUCCUGGAAAACCUUCUGGUUCAAAUUCGAUAUCGCUAUUCCUCAGAAAUGGUUGGAUAAAAACCAGGAGGUGGACCUCGAAUGGGACUGCAAUUGCGAAGGGUUGAUCUACAGCGACCACGGCGAGCCGUUGCAGGCGUUCAGCGGUGGCGGCGAACGGAUCGUGUUCUCAUUCCCCCAACUGUACUUAACGUCUGAGCCUCGCACCUACUACCUUGAAAUUGCCUGUAAUGGGAUGUUUGGUAUCAGCCAGGACGGCAACGUCGACCCCAACCGAUACUUCGGUUUGCUGAAGGCCGACUUGGUUCUCCCCAAUGUCGACGCCCGGGCGUUGUUCUAUGACUUUUGGAUUUUGAGUGAUGCGGCUCGAGAAUUGCCCAGUGGCUGGCAAAAGUAUCAGGCUAACCAGGUGUGCAAUGACAUCAUGAACACAUUCGACGCCGAGGACGCGUCGUCCAUCUCCAAGUGCCGGGCGCUUGCAGAGCGGUUGUUGGGAGCCAAGGUCAAUAGUGACGAUGUGUUUGAAGAGUAUGGCACUUUGAAUAACUCCAUCGACGUCUAUGCGGUGGGAAACUGCCACAUAGACACCGCGUGGUUGUGGCCGUUCGCCGAGACCAAGCGGAAGAUCGUGCGGUCGUGGACAUCGCAGAUCAAGAUAGCCGACCAGUAUCCUGAGUAUGUAUUUGUGGCAUCUCAGAUGCAGCAGUUUAAAUGGUUGCAAAUUUACCAUCCGGAGAUUUUCAAAAAGGUCAAGGAAAAGUUCACCACCAACCAGUUCUUACCGAUUGGUGGCUCGUGGGUGGAGAAUGACACCAAUCUCCCCAAUGGAGAGAGUUUGAUCCGCCAGUUUUUGUUGGGACAACGGUUUCAGUUGAACGAGUUUGGACUCUAUGCUUCCAUCUACUGGUUGCCCGACACCUUUGGGUACUCGUCCCAGAUUCCUCAGAUCUGUCAGCACGCAGGGAUCGAGAAGUUUUUGACCCAGAAGUUGUCGUGGAACAACAUCAACCAGUUCCCGUUGAGUACUUUCAACUGGGCAGGAAUCGACGGGUCGCAGGUAUUGGUGCACAUGCCUCCAGCCAAUACCUACACCGCUUCCGCCGACUUUGGCGACGUGGUGCGGUCCCAGCACCAGCACAAGAACUUACGAGACGUUCCCACCGGGUUGUUGCUUUAUGGGAAAGGAGACGGAGGUGGUGGGCCUACGGAGGAAAUGCUCGAGAAAAUUAGACGGGAAAGAGGGUUUGCCAACAACACUGGGGCCAUCCCCGUGGUGCAGAUGGGGAAGACGGUGGAAGACUUUUACGACGACGUGUUGGACAGGUCCGAUGGAGGAAAGAAGUUACCCACCUGGAGAGGUGAGAUUUAUUUGGAGUUCCACAGAGGCACCUACACCACCCAAGCAGACGUCAAGAAAUGGGUACGGUUGUUGGAAGUUAAGGUCCACGACUUGGAGUGGAUUGCCACCCUCGUCAGCUUGAACGCUCCAACUUACAAGUAUCCCAGCCGGGAAAUCCGUGAUGUGUGGGAGGACUUGUGUCUUUGCCAGUUCCAUGACGUGAUUCCAGGUUCGUGUAUUGGAAUGGUGUACUACGAAGAAGUGAAGCCCAUGUUGACCCGGAACUUGGAAGCUGUCGAUAAGCUUCUUAAAAGGGCCUUGGGCGAGUUGGACGGGGACAACUAUGUCCCCUUGAACACUUUACCGUGGCCCAGAACCGAGGUGAUGGAGCUUGCACCCACCCAUGACUUAUUCAAGCUGGUGCUGGAAUACCAGACGUGUGGUGACCACCGGUUGGUGUCGGUCAGCAGCACCGGGAUCAACACGCUUGACGACAUUAAGUUCCCGGCCAGUGUCAAACAACAAGACGAGAUUUAUGUGUUGAGCAACCAGGUGAUUGAAGCCAAAAUUACCAAAUCUGGAGUGCUCACUUCUGUUCUCGAUCUUGCCAACAAUCGGGAAAUCAUCGACACCACUAACACCAAACAAACUGAUAGUGGAGAAGAGGUGGGUGGAAACCAAUAUUUGUUGUUUGACGAUGAGCCCUUGACGUAUCCCGCCUGGGACACAGAGUUGUACUCACUCGAGAAGUUCAAGUUUUUGAAAGGUGGGAAGGUGACCAAAGUGGUCAACCACUCGUUGAAGUCGUCGUUGUUUGUUCGACACGAAAUCAGCGACCAGUCGUAUAUUGAGACCGAGAUUUCGAUCGAAGGCUUGAUCAGCUCGAGCUCAAGUUCCAAUAAUUACAUCAAGUUCAAGUGUAACGUCGAAUGGCACGAGACCUACAAGUUUUUGAAGGUGCAGUUCCCCACCACCAUUUAUACGGCCCAGGAAGCAAGCUAUGAGACCCAGUUUGGAAUCACCAAGAGAGCCACCCACUUCAACACCUCGUGGGACGUGGCCAAGUUUGAGGUGUGUCACCACAAGUUCAUGGACUUGUCCGAGUAUAACUAUGGGGUUUCGGUGUUCAACAACAGCAAAUAUGGUGCCUCUAUCCACGGCAACUUGAUGAGACUUUCAUUGUUGAGGUCGCCAAAAGCUCCCGACAACAUUGCCGACAUGGGCCACCAUGAGUUUGAAUACGCCAUUUUCCCCCACAAGGGGAGCUUGGGUCCUGAGACUGUCAAGUUGGCAUAUAACUUCAACUACAAGUUAGACAAACUCUACAAGGACAAAGGUGCUAUAUCCAACUCGGUAAAGUUUGUGGGAGAUGACUCAAUUAUUUUAUCCCACAUCAAAAGGUCCGAGGACGACGAAGACGUGAGUCUUGAAAAGAACAUUCCUAUCAAGAACAAGGGCCAUAAGUCGUUUAUUGUCAGGGUGUAUGAGUCCUUGGGAGGUCUGUCAAGUGGAGAAAUUGUGAUUGAUCCGUCAUUGUUUGGAGUUGAGAAGGUGAUUCGUGUGAACGGGAUUGAGGAUGAGUUGGAGGAUGUAGACCUGAAAGAUGGCAAGUUUAAGGUGGAAUUGCGUGGGUUUGAAAUUGCUUCGUUCAAGGUAGUAUUGAAGUGA